AUGGCCCAGUUCCUCCUGCUGGCAUUGGCAGACAGGCAGGAGCUGCACUUCUGGUUCUUCCUGGGCAUCUCCCUGGCUGCCCUCCUGGGAAACGAUUUCAUCCUCAGUGCCGUAGACUGCCACCAGCACCUGCACACCCCCAGGGACUUCUCCCUGCUCCACCUCUCCCUCACAGACCUGGGUUGCAUCUGCACCACUGUCCCGAAAGCCAUGCACAACUCCUUCUGGGACACCAAGGACAUCUCCUACAUGGGAUGUGUUACACAGGCCUUUUUCUUUGUAUUUUUCAUCUCAGCAGAGUAUUUCCUCCUCACCAUUAUGUGCUACGACUGCUACAUUGCCAUCUGUAAACCCCUGCACUACGGGACCCUCCUGGGCAGCAGAGCUUGUGCCCACAUGGCAGCAGCUGUUUGGCUGUCUCUAAUUCUACACUGGACCACUGGGUUUCUCAAUGCUCUGCUGCACAGAGUCAAUACAUUUUCCCUGUCCCUGUGCCAGGGCAAUGCCCUGGGCUAG